AUGUCGGCGUUCAAUGCGCUUCCGCUGCCGGAUGCAAAACACAUCAUUGGCGGCAGCGUGAAGCAGGCAAUCUUCGAUCGUCAGCUGCGCCUCUGGGGUGUCGAUGGGCAGGCGGCCCUCGAAGCAGCGCAUGUCGUCGCGCUCGGCGUCACUGUGGCUAUCGCCGAAGCUCUGAAGUCGCUCGUGCUGGCCGGCGUGCGAACCGUCACCCUCGUAGACGAGCGGGUUGUGUCUGAUGAGGACGUCGCAACCAACUACUUUGUGGCGACCACGUCGAUCGGCUCUCCUCUGGCGGCGACGGUGCUGCAGCACAUCUGCGCGCUGGGGGAGCAGUGCAGGGCGGUGCCUGUUCAGGAGUGCCCGAGGGACUGGGUGCCCAAGUACAGAGCAGCUGUAGACGCGGACUGGGCUGCCGGCUGCGUAGACGGUGGCCGACGUUGGCCAGUGGAAGCGGCGAAGGAGGGACCGACUGAGCCGACCGUGACGGCAUCGGCUGUGCUGCGAUUCUUCGCCGGUUACGCGCCGCUAGCCAUCUUAAGCAACGCUCCUUCAUCAUCGCAUGCCCCUCCAUGCGACUCCGCAAACCCGUCACCCACUGCCGAGGCGCCGGUGUCUCCGCCGAGCCUCAUUCUUGUCAGUGAACGCUACGGCGAUUUCUCUCCAACGUCGCUGCUCCUGCAGACCUGCGCGACGCGCGUGCAUCCUGAUGUGCCAGUACUGUUGGUUCGCAGCAGUGGCUUACUUGGUAUGCUCCAAACCUACUGCUGCGACCGCGUCAUUAUGCGCCCGCAGAACCCGACGCAGGUACGAAUGGAGGAUCUGCGCAUUUUUGAACCGUUCCCGGCGCUGCAAGCGUGGUUUGACGCUCACGACCCAGACGACGUUGUGCAGUUUCCCGCGGACAGCGCGGAUGCCAUGAUGUUGCACAGCUACCUGCCAUACCCGUGCAUUGUGCAUCACGCCUUUCGCAGAUGGUGGGCCACGCUGCCGGAAGAGGAGAAGAAGUCGCGGCAGAGGUCGUCAUCCUCCUCGAUCUUUCCGCUGACCACAAAGGACUACCGCGCCAUCUCUUCCGUCGUUGGUGGGAUGAUACGGCGUCAGAGCGCUCCCGAGGAUGCCUUCGUGGAGGCGAUGGAGAAGUGCACGGCGAAGCUGAACCGACCUGUGGUGCAGCGGCUGCCAGAGGCGCUCGCGAAGCUCCUGAGCGAUGCUAGGUGCGCCGACCCGAUGCGCGCUGUGAAGGCGGUGCAGUCGCGCGUCUCGCCAGCGGCAUUGAUGUCAUCAUCAUGGGCGGUGCGCGAGAGGGCGGCGAUGCAUGUUUGGGCGUCCCCCGAUGUGCUUGUGUGGUUCAUCCUGCGCGCAGUGCAGCUGUUUGUGACAGGAAAAAUCGGUGGCGAACUGGAGGCGCCAGCGGUGCACAAAAGUGAACCGAUGGUGGAGGAGGAGGAGGCUGAGGGCGUGGCCGCCUACGCAGAGCCGCUGCCGCUCGGUGCCGUGUACGCUGCCUAUCACAUGCCACACUCCGGCUACCUGCCGGACUUCACGACAACCACCAUCUGGUACCGCGAGCUGCAGGAGCUGUACCAGGCAAAGCACGCCGGAGACGUGGCGUGCAUUGCGGCAAAGGCAGUGGAGCUGGUCGAGGCGAUUCUCCAGAAGGAAGAAGAGAAGGAGCGCGAGAGAACGGAUGACGAGGAGCAACGGCAGUACCCCGGCCCAUCGAUGGCGUCGCUGGUGGCGGCGAAGGUGAAGCCGCUGCUGCUCCAGCACACGGCGACGGUUGUCGAAAACAUCUGGGACAUACGAGGCGUCAGCUUCUCAUCUGCCUAUCGCGCCGCUGCUGAGGCGGAGUGGCGGCAACGGCUGGGGCAGCGCCUCGGGUGGCUGACACGUCACAUUUCAUUUGACGUGGAAUGCAACGUGGACGCGCGCCGGGCGGUGUGCUUCGCAGUGGCCUAUCUGUGUAAGGAGGAGCUUCAGCGUCAUGGCGCGUGCCCUGAGGAGAGUGGCCUGAGCGGGAGUGCCAUUGCGCAGGAGGCGGCUGUGCUCAUGUCGCAGGCGUCCCAGGCGGAGGCUCCCAUUGGCUGUGAAGGCGACGAUGGCCCAGCUCUGGUAGCCUGCGAUGUGUCGCUCGCUCCGUGGUGGUCCGAAGAGGGCUCGCGAAAGCUUUUUGUUCAGGCGUGCGAGGAGGUCGCGCGGUGGUCCCGUGGAAAGGGCGGUGGUGGCCCUUGCGUGCAGGUUCCCUCCGUAGCCGCGUCGACUGGCGCCUUGGCGGCGCAGGAGGCGGUGAAGUUGCUCAUGCGCAUUCGCGUGCCGUGCUCCAAUCCGAUGCUCUAUGACGGCUACACGAACAAGGUGUUCAUGCUGUGA